AUGACACACGAAAUAUUGACGAUUGCGCUUGGACAAUGUGGAAAUCAAAUAAUCAGUGAUUACUGGGCAAAAUACCUUUCUUUCUUAAACAUAAAUGCGGACGGUACACUGGAUACAGAAAACAAUAAAGAAGAUUACAAGAGUUGCCGGUAUGAAGUUGGCCUAAUGGAAGUGGGUGAAAACCGAUACAGACCGAGAUCGCUGAUGUUUGAUCUGGAGUCAAGAGUAAUUUCAAGUAUUUUGAACGGUCCAAACGCAGAGUUUUAUGAUCCGAAGUCCAUAUGGAUGGGCACUGAGGGCGCUGGAGCUGGAAACAAUUGGGCUGUAGGUUAUGAGCAAGCCCAGAAAAAUUUGGAAACACUAUCAAAUAUGAUUGACACAGAAUUAGAAAUGUGUAAUUCUGCCCAGGCCAUUACGAUUUGUCACUCGAUAAGUGGAGGAACUGGUAGUGGGAUGGGAUCCGUAUUGUUGGAACUUUUGAGGAUGAAAUACCCCAAAAUUUUACUGCAAACCUACAGCGUCGCUCCAAACACCGAAUGCGGAACCUCAGACGUUGUAGUUCAGCCUUAUAACACCGUCCUAACUCUUGACAGGCUGGUUCAUUGUGCCGACGCGGUGCAUUUGAUACAAAACGAGUGUCUCGACAAUAUAUCGUCCGACUCAAAAACGAAGAAAAUGAAACCAGUAAACGCUCAAAAUGAAAUAAUAGUUAACUCAAUGAUUGGUUUGUUAAACUCAGUAUUGUUUCCUUCAUAUAUGGACUUCACUCUGGUUGAAAUUCUUAGUCCAUUAAUACCAAUUCAAAAGACGCAUUUUCUGCUUGACUCUUUUAUAUCGAUGGAUCCCUUUAAUCUGAAAGCUAACAAAUCGGAGAGAAGAGCUUUUAUCGAGUCGUUUUACCGCAGUAAAUUAUUUGAUAAUAUGAAUGAAUUUGAAAGAGUUGAAGAUACGCUAUUAAAAUUAAUAAAAGAAUAU